CGUUAUAAUAUAGGGAUGAUUGUUUCGACAUCUUGAUGACUGUAGAAAGUUUUAGGACUCGCCGUCAUGUUCGCUGAUUGUUUUUGUGUCAUGGUUAAAUAACUCGAACCUCUGGAAUACACAUUUAAAUCCGAUUAUUCUUUCUUCGGCUUUGAGAGAGACAGAAUUUGUGCACAGAAACAAAGUACCUGAAAUUGUAUGUGGUUGUUGAGUUAAAUAUCCAGGUACAAGAAUACGUCUAAGGUGUGAGAUUUUACAACGAACAUCGUCAUUAACAAGAGCGUUUGUAAUUGGUUACUGAUUCAGAGUUAAUUAUAAUCAACACUAAAUUUUGGGAAUACAGCAGUUUACCAAAGUUCCGAGGAUAAAUAAUGAGUUUGUUGCAAUUUUUAGAUACUUGAAUAUCUAAUAUUACUUUGACAAACCUAAAUUCUGAAUAACUAAAGGGCAAUUCCUUUUACUACUCUUUGUCGAUGAUUAUAAAGCAAACUAUUUGAGGUUUUACUGAGGCUUCAUUAAUUUCAUCAGAAUGAUUUCCUUUCAUCGUUCUAAAAUGAAGUGUGGUAGCUUAAGCUUAUGAAUAUGUGGUACUUUUAACCCAUUACGAUUAGUAGCAGAAGGAAAGAACCGAGAAUAAAAUGUAGUGACGAUGACUUUAGAAAUGCGAUGUUUCAAGAUUGUUACGACCGCAAUCACUCUGGUGUACCUUUUUUUGGAAGUAACUUAUGUUUCUUACUUUGAGAUUGACACGAUAUAUAAACGCUCUGGUAGUGUAAACGAGUGUACAUGCCUGAAAACAGCUUCUUGAAGGGUUUUUUAGUCAUACUGUAUGGAUGUCCGGGAUUGACUUGCGAAUUUUUGAUGUGCAUAGUAGUGCUUUGAAACCUCUUUUUGAACUCACCGCUCCGUACUGACAAGCUUAAGGUGUAGGUAUCUGUUAAUUGUUCGUGUCACUUGGGUAUUUGCAGUAAAUUCAGUGAAAUAAAGAAUGUCUACGUUCAUUGUAAACACCUCAAUAACAGUUUGAAUUCCCUAGUGUAGUAGCCUAAAAUACGACAACCAUCUUUUUGUACCGCUUCCUUGUUCUCUUUCCGCCACAAUGCCUUUUUCUCUGAUGCGAAUGUACGCCUAAAUAGAUAAGACCGACGUUAUCGUUACCUGAUUUCGUUAUCACUUUUCUUAUUUGAUACCAGAUAUUAUGGCUAAUAUCCUCCCUCCAGCUGAUCCACGAGUUGAAAACUGGCCACUAAUGAAAGAUCCAACACCUGUGUUUGUUACUGUUCUACUGUAUCUAACUUUUGUUCUCUGGUUGGGUCCAAAAAUUAUGAAAAAGCACCAAACACCGUUUAACCUACGGCCACUUAUGAUCGUUUACAACAUUUCUCUAGUUCUGCUUUCGAGUUGGCUAGUGUACGAAUUUGCUGUCUCAGGAUGGUUUACAGGAUAUUCGCUUGGUUGUCAAUCUAUUGAUCAUUCAAGAAGACCGAUUGCUAUGCGUAUGGCUAGUACUUGCUGGGUUUUUUUCAUUUCCAAAAUAAUUGAGUUAUUUGACACCGUAUUGUUUAUCCUCCGAAAGAAAUUUGAGUUAGUUAGCUUUCUUCAUGUUUUUCAUCAUGCAAUCAUGCCUAUUUCCUGGUGGUACGGUGUGAAGUAUGUUCCAGGUGGUUUAGGAACUUUUCAUGCAUUUUUAAAUUGUAUCUAUAUAUGGUGGAAAAAAUACUUAACUGCAGCUCAAAUAACCCAAUUCAUCAUUGUUAUUUUUCACUCAACAUAUGCAUUGAGUAUAACCGAUUGUAAUUAUCCAAAAUUUUUCAGUUACUGGAUUUUGGCAUCAGCAUUGAUUUUUCUUUUUUUAUUUUCCAAAUUUUAUUACAAAGCCUACGAGAAACCAGUUCAUGCACUAAAUGGAUCAAUAGUUGAUAAUAAAUACCAUAAUAAAGCUCAUUAA